AUGGAUACAGGGAAGGAAACAAGGACAGCAGGGAAAGAGGCUUUUAUGCAUCUUGUUUGUCUGGAGAUCAAAAGAAAUGGCAGAAACCACCCCAACUGCUGCCGCCCCGCCGGCCACAAGAAGCCGGUGAAGAAAGCAGCUCCUAAGGCGAAGAAGCCCGCGGCAAAGAACCCCGCUGCUGCCAAGAAGCCCAAGAGCGCAGCGGCAAAGAAGCCCGCCGCUAAGAAAUCGCCCAAGAAGGCCAAGAAACCCGCAGCCGCCGCUAAGAAAACGACGAAGAGCCCCAAGAAAGCAACGAAGCCCGCGGCGCCCAAGAAAGCAGCCAAGAGCCCCAAAAAGGCAGCCAAGAGCCCCAAAAAGGCCAAGACUGCCAAACCCAAGGCAGCAAAGCCUAAAGCUGCCAAGCCUAAAAGGGCAGCUCCCAAGACGAAAUAAACAUCUACUGUUUUAUUCCCCAACGGCUCUUUUAAGAGCCACCCACUAACUCGAAAGAAAGAUC